AUGAUUCGUCUACUUUUUCUGCUUGGUUAUUUCGUUGGAACGGGUAUAGAUAAUUGGUUGAUCGUCGGAUCUCUCUUUUUCCGUUUUCAGUGCUUUCCCAAUGCCCGCCCGGUCUUACUCCUGUUUACUCAAAUUCCAACUACAACACUCCGCUGGUCAGAGUGCCCAUUCCUUUCUUUGAAAGUAUCUUUCCCUUCCAGACUUGCACUCCCCAAGACUCUUGCAGUUGCUACUCCGGAUCCUCGAGAUUCGGUUCCAUCUGCCAGUACGCCAGCCAGUACUCCAAUUACAUCUGCUGUUAUUCCACUAACACACGUAAACCGAUCUUCUUCCAUCCCAUUUCCUCCCUAAUUUGCAGAGUGUGGAUCUAACUCGAGCCCUCAGAUAUCUGCUGCCGGACAGGUUGUUUCCUGCUCUCAAAGCACUCAAUGCGCCUCCGGAUACACUUGCACCUACGGAAUCUGUUGUCCGAGCACAUCCACAAGUGAGUCAGAUGCACACCUUUCUGAUUCUCGUUCUCUUCCAGCUUCAUGCAGUUCGACGGGCAACAACGGUUGUCUGACGGGACAAGUUCUCGUCAACGGGCAAUGUUACAACUCUGUGCCAAUUGGCUCUGCCUGUCAGAGCUCGCAACAAUGCACGGGAGGCUCUACAUGCCUCUCUUCGGUGUGUCAAUGUCAGAACGGAUACGUGAAUGUCAAUCAACAAUGCGUCAUCAGCAACGGAGUAAACUGUCAGCUGGGAACUGUCUCCUACAAUUCGCAGUGCAUUUCGCUCGCUUCUCCCGGACAGUCUUGCGUCACCUCUUCGCAGUGCAUUGACAACUCGAUUUGCAGCAAUUCAGUGUGCAACUGUAACAGCAACUAGUAAGCUUCACAGCAGAUACCAUAAGGGAUAUUCAAACUUUUCAAGUCAAUUGGUCUACGGUUAUUGUGUUCCAUACACCUCUGGAAACUGUCAGAACACACAAACAUUGAUCAAUGGACAGUGUGUUCUUUACUCGAUCGUCGGAGAGCAAUGCAUUGCAAGCAGCCAGUGCGUGGGCGGAGCGCAAUGUAGUUCGGGAACCUGUCAGUGCAUUUCCGGAGCCACGGCAAUGUACGGAUACUGUAUCAGCUCUUCUUCCACUUCCUGCAAUUCCAACCAAGUUUCCAUCAACGGACAAUGUUAUUACACGGUGCAAGUCGGCGGCUCUUGCACUUAUUCGCAGCAAUGCCUGAACAGCGCAGUCUGUACAAACAGCAUAUGCGUCUCUUCGGUGUGCAACAUCCAGUGCUCCACCAAUCCGGUGAACUUUCGCAUCCCUUCACACCGUUCUAAUCUGAUAUUUGUUUUCAGGUUUGUAUUUCGAACCAGUGCUACAGCUACGUUUCAAUUGGCUCUCAAUGCGUCGGUUCCCAACAAUGUCUCUCGAGUUCUCAGUGCACGAACGGUAUUUGUCAGUGUCCGCAGGGAACUCAACAGACGAACGGAGUCUGCACUUCUACGAACAACAAUAACAACAAUAACUGUCAGUCCAAUCAGGUAGACGUCCGCCGCUUUGGAGCCCUGGGGAUACAUAAUUGUUUGUAGGUGUACUACAACGGUCAGUGCUGGAAUACUGUUUCCAUCGGACAGCAAUGCUCAAUCACCCAACAAUGUCUCGGAAGUUCGCAAUGCUUGAACUCAUUCUGUCAGUGUCCAUCGGGAAGCAGCAACACUAACGGAUACUGUCAGAGUUCUAAUGGACAGUGCAACUCUAACCAAGUAAGAUCUUCAAAAAAUUUGUAUCGAAUAGUUUGCAUAACAGGUGCUCUACAACAAUCAAUGCUGGAAUACCGUCUCGAUCGGCUCGCAGUGUUCCAUUACCCAACAAUGUUUGGGCAACUCGCAAUGCUUGAACUAUUACUGUCAAUGCCCAUCUGGAUCUUCGAAUGUGAACGGGUAUUGCAGUGGCGGAAGCAGCGGACAGUGCACCUCAAACCAGGUUAGCAUACAUUCACAAUGAUAUUUUUGUAGUUUCUGAUCAGAUUCUGUACAAUAACCAGUGCUACAACACAGUUUCCAUCGGUUCUCAAUGCACAAUCACUCAACAAUGCCUCGGAAACUCUCAAUGCUUGAACUCGUUCUGUCAGUGUCCAUCUGGAUCUUCCAACGUCAAUGGUUACUGUAGCGGAGGGAGCAGCGGACAGUGCACUUCUAAUCAAGUUAGACUCGCAAGUUCUCAUCUUUAUUUAACUUGUCCCCCUUAGGUUCUGUACAAUAACCAGUGCUACAACACUGUCUCUAUCGGCUCUCAAUGCACAAUCACUCAACAAUGCCUCGGAAACUCUCAAUGCUUGAAUUUGUUCUGUCAGUGUCCAUCGGGAAGCAGCAACGUAAAUGGAUACUGUCAGAGUUCUAACGGGCAAUGCAGUUCCAACCAGGUGAGUAAGAAGCCCAAGUCCGUAGUAUUAUAUAUCUGUUCAGGUUCUGUAUAAUAACCAGUGUUACAACACCGUUUCCAUUGGCUCUCAAUGCACAGUCACUCAGCAAUGUCUCGGCAGUUCGCAGUGCACGAACUCCUUCUGUCAGUGUCCUUCUGGAUCUUCCAACGUGAACGGCGUCUGUUCGUCUUCCACGUCCACUUCGAAUCUGUGCUCCAGUGGCCAGACUGUGCAACUCGACUCUUCCAAUCAACCGAUCAAUUGUCUCGUUUCCGCGUGUCCCACCAACUCGUUCUGUCAGUAUUCGCAAAGCGGACAAAGAUAUGUGUGCUGUAAGAAUACGUCGGGCAAGAAGAAGUAA